AUGGCGUCAUGGGGUGAGGUCUCUGGAGGCGGGAAGAGGCGGCGGGAGAAUGGACGCGCAGGAGAGUGGCGGUGGCAGUGGCGAGUGCGGGGCCCAGGACCCUGAUCCGGCCCCCAGCAAGGCCCCCGGCAGUGCCGGCCAGUACGAGCUGCCGUGGGUUGAAAAAUAUAGACCAGUAAAGCUGAAUGAAAUUGUCGGGAAUGAAGACACAGUGAGCAGGCUGGAGGUCUUUUCAAGAGAAGGGAAUGUGCCCAAUAUCAUCAUUUCUGGCCCCCCAGGAACCGGCAAAACUACCAGCAUCCUGUGUUUGGCACGAGCCCUGCUGGGCCCGGCCUUCAAGGAUGCCGUUUUGGAGCUCAAUGCCUCAAAUGACAGGGGCAUUGACGUUGUGAGGAACAAAAUCAAAAUGUUUGCCCAACAGAAAGUCACCCUUCCCAAAGGGCGACACAAGAUCAUCAUCCUGGAUGAAGCAGACAGCAUGACUGAUGGAGCCCAGCAAGCCUUGAGGAGAACGAUGGAAAUCUACUCCAAAACGACCCGCUUCGCUCUUGCUUGUAACGCUUCGGAUAAAAUCAUAGAGCCCAUUCAGUCCCGGUGCGCGGUCCUCCGCUACACCAAGCUGACCGACGCCCAGAUUCUUGCCAGGCUGCUUUGCGUCAUCGAGCAGGAGAAGGUGCCGCACACGGACGACGGCCUGGAAGCCAUCCUCUUCACCGCCCAGGGCGACAUGAGGCAGGCGUUGAACAACUUGCAGUCCACUUUCGCGGGAUUCGGCUUCAUCAACAGUGAGAACGUGUUCAAGGUCUGUGACGAGCCCCACCCCUUGCUGGUGAAGGAGAUGAUCCAGCACUGUGUGAGCGCCAGUAUCGAUGAGGCCUACAAGAUCCUCGCUCACCUGUGGCAUCUUGGCUAUUCCCCAGAAGACAUCAUUGGCAACAUUUUUCGAGUGUGUAAAACCUUCCAAAUGGCAGAAUACUUGAAACUGGAGUUUAUUAAGGAAAUUGGAUACACUCAUAUGAAAAUAGCGGAAGGUGUGAACUCCCUUCUGCAGAUGGCAGGGCUCCUGGCCAGGCUGUGUCAGAAGACAAUGGCCCCAGUGGCCAGUUAGAGCAGAGAACUCAGUCGCUGGGUUAUGAGUCCUCGUCACUGAGAGGCAGGAGUCAUAGCCUUCUGAUGUGGAAAAAGUGCUGCCUUGGAUGGCCCUGGAGUGCAUCUUCCUUGCCGUCGCCUUCCAGUACGUCUCCCCUGCUCCUGGAGCGUUUACCCUCAGCCUCAGACUCGCGGUGGGGUGACAGCAUGGAAAGACCCCAGAGACCCUCCAGGGCCCAGUGCCUGAUCUGUGCACGUGUUGGCAUUUUAGUAAUAAAACCGUACAGCUUUGUCAGCAGAAAGGUGGCAGUGCAAGGCCACAAGGAAAGCUGGCUUCCCGUCUCUGUGUAUACGCCCCCAGUGUCCUACAGGUAGAAAGGUGAUUUCGAUAAUAGACUGGACAGGCUAAUCUCAAUCUUUCUAGAAGCCUAGAGGACAGUCCCACAGGGUGAGGCAGGGUUUGUUGUCAUUUAUCAGCUUCUCAGAACAGCCCAGGGCCCUGAGCCCUUCAGAAAAGACUUGGCGAGAAUCACAGAGGAGGAUGGUGCAGACAGGCAUAGGGGACCCUCCCACCAGGUCGCCUUUUCUGUGCAAACGGGUGUACGCAUUUGCUUUAGAAUUUCCCAGUGAAUUUUGCAUUAAUUUGUGGAAUUGCUUUUUCUUUUUUGGCAAGGUGUUAUUUUUUUCCAUGUUUAAAAAUUAUGAAAAAUAUCAAUUGUACGUAAAACAGAGAAUGAUACAGUGAACUUCCACUUACUCAUCAUCCAUCUUAGCAGUUUUACCAACACGUGGCCAGUCUUGUUUCCUCUGUACCCGACACCAGCACCAGCAUCCUACCCCACUCCCAGAUUGUUCUGAAGCAAAUCCCAGGCAGGGUUAGACACGUGUCCAGACCACGUGGUUGAACGGAUACAGGAAAGGCUCCAGGGUCACUGGUUCUUUGCGGUUGGGGUUUU